AUGGUGAAGCAAGACGUUAGGGAGGUUGUCCGACUCGUCGGCAGCCUGGAGACCGCGAGCCAGAGGAACAAGAAAGACGGGAAGAAGGCGUUCAUUUGCAAGAAAACCACCUUUCCGGUCGCUGGGUCUGAUAACAUCGCCGUGGACUCCUGGAGGUUUAUGGACUGGGACUACAAACGAUCCGACCUUCCGACAUACGCUCGUGGAUUGUUCACAACCAAGAGGAAGGAUGGGACCCCCGAAAUCGCGGUUCGCGGCUACGAUAAGUUCUUCAACAUCGACGAGGUGGACGCGACCAAGUGGAGGAACAUUGAGAACAAGACCCGGGGUCCUUACGAGCUCAGCGUGAAGGAAAACGGGUGCAUCAUCUUUAUCGCGGGCUUGGAGGACGACUCGUUGUUGGUGUGCAGCAAACAUUCGACCGGAGGACGGCAGGAUACCGAAGUGAGCCAUGCGCAGGCCGGUGAGCGAUGGGUUGAAAAGCACGUCAGCUCGGUAGGCAAGUCCGUCAAAGAGCUGGCCCGAGAGCUGCGCCGGAUGAAUGCCACCGCGGUGGGCGAGCUGUGCGACGACAGCUUCGAAGAGCACGUUUUGGCCUACGACCAGGUUGCGUCGGGAAUCUACCUUCACGGUCUCAACUUCAACGUCCCGCAGUUCGCGACAUGCUCGAGCACCGAAGUUCAUGAGUUUGCCGAUAAAUGGGGGUUCAAGAAGGCCAAGUUCAUGGUCUAUGACGAUAUCGACACGGUAAAAAAGUUCCUUGAUCAGUGCGCGGAGUCGGGAACCUGGGAUGGCCGAGAGACCGAAGGGUUUGUGAUCCGAUGCCACAGGCAGGAAACAAGCACGGCGCCUCUGGAGGACUGGUUCUUCAAAUACAAAUUCGAAGAGCCGUACUUGAUGUACCGGCAAUGGCGUGAAUGCACCAAGGCGGUCAUUUCAGGCAAGGUACCCAACAUCAAGAAGCACAAGAAGAUCACCGAGGAGUACCUGCAGUACGCCCGACGGCAGUUCGUCAAAAACCCCAAAUUAACAACCCUUUACCAGCACAACCACGGAAUCAUUUCUCUGCGAGAAGGCUUCCUCCAAGAGCGCGGGCUGAAGGGCUCGGAGAUCAUUGCCAUGGAAAACGAGGGACCCUGCGAGGUGACCAACAAUGUGAUCCUGGCCCCCAUUGCCUCGCUCGGAUGUGGAAAGACAACCGUGGCCGUUGCCUUGGUUAAGCUGUUCAACUGGGGCCAUGUGCAGAACGACAACAUCCCUAAGCAGAAGAACAAGCCGAAGAAGUUCGCCCUCGACAUCACCAACCUUCUUGCCGCGCACCCCGUUGUCAUCGCAGACCGCAACAACCACAUGCGGCGCGAACGGCAGCAGCUCAUGGAUGAUCUCCUUCCGGUGGUCCCUGACGCUCGCUUCGUCGCGCUCCAGUACGUUCACGAGCCUAAGGGCCAGCUUCUCCCUGGGAUUCGCGAGGUGACGCGCCGGCGAGUCCUGGACCGCGGAGACAACCACCAGACCAUCCGCGCCGGCACCCAGAACUCCGAGGAUGUCAUCGGCAUCAUGGAGGGAUUCCUGAAUCGCUUCGAGGGCAUCGACACCGACCGCGAGCCGGACAAGAGCUUCGACGCAACGAUCGACCUGGACGUGGCCGCCUCGUCCCGCGAGAACCUCGAGAAGGUGGUCACCUCCUUGCAUUCCCUCUACCCCCAUCUCAUCAAGCAGGUGCCGACCCCUCAGGAACUGGACGCCGCCAUUCACAGCGCCAUGGCCGAGUACGAAGUCCAGCUGGACCUCAGCCAUCAAUACGGCAACAAGGGCCCCAAGCAGAAGAACAACAAUAACAAGAAACCCAGCCCCGGCGCUGCCUCCACUCCACCUCCUCCCCCCAACUCGCAAACGCUCGCAAAGAACAUCGAAUACUUCGGCAUCACCCUCCCCGCCGCCGACAUCACCCACACCCUACAAUCCCUCUUCCCCGCGUCCACCACCAGCCCCGACAAAGCCCGCAUCUACAACCACCUCCUGCACUCCCGCCGCAUCCAGCCCGCCUUCCACGUCACCCUCAUCCACCGCGCCUCGAAAAAAGACCGCCCGGACAUCUGGGACACCUACACCCGUCGCUACCUCGACAAGAUGGCCUCCAAACCGGACUCCGACCCCACCAUCACCCCGGUCCUGGCCCCCGCCCGCGUCCGCCUCGAACGUCUCAUCUGGGACGACCGCCUCAUGGCCUUCGUCGCGCGGAUCCUACCCUCCUCUUCCUCUGCCACCGACUCCGACGACCAGCAGGAUCCCGAGUGGUCGUGCGCCAACCCCAUCCCACACGUCACGGUCGGGACCGUGUCGCCCGAUGUCAAACCGAAGGAGAGCAAUGAUCUGCUACAGCGCUGGCUGAAGGUCGGCUCCGGUCCUGGGACGGGGAUCUGGGAGGCUGAGAUCCCCGGCGUGAAGGUCGUGUCGGGACAGGUGGGUGUGGUGAUGAGUCGGAGGUGA